CACUCUCCUGUGAUUGGCUGGUUUGUUCGUGGCCUGGCAACCAGAAGCGACUUUACCAACAUAGACAGACCCCUUCACAGCAACUUGUUAACGGUGUUCUGCAGUUAGCUAGCUGUGAAACUUCAGCUCGUCAUAUUCAAACAUGUCUACGAGGACCCUACCGCUGCUCUUUAUCAAUCUCGGCGGAGAAAUGCUGUACAUCCUGGACCAGCGGCUUCGAGCUCAGAAUAUACCCGCUGACAAAGCUAAGAAAGUUAUGAAUGAUAUCAUCACCACCAUGUUCAACAAAAAGUUCCUGGAAGAGCUUUUUAAGCCACAGGAGCUUUAUUCCAAGAAGGCCCUGCGGACUGUGUUCGACAGACUGGCCCAUGCAUCCAUAAUGAGACUCAAUCAAGCUAGUAUGGACAAGCUCUAUGACCUGAUGACAAUGGCUUUCAAAUACCAGGUGCUUCUCUGCCCCCGACCAAAGGACAUCCUUCUCGUUUCCUUCAACCACAUGGAUGCAAUCAAAGACUUUGUGAAAGAUACUCCCAGCAUUCUGAGCCAGGUUGAUGAAACUUACCAGCAACUCAUAGAGAUGUAUACACCCCUAUCUAAUGGUGAAUUUCAGCUGAUUAGGCAAACUCUUCUUAUUUUCUUCCAAGACAUGCAUAUUAGGGUGUCUAUUUUCCUGAAGGAUAAAGUGCAGAACUCAAAUGGCCGCUUUGUGCUUCCCAUUAGUGGUCCUGUGCCUCGUGGAACCCAAGUCCCUGGUUUGAUAAGGAUUUUUAGCUGUGCUGGCGAGGAGUUGACCAGACUACAGUUUAAAAAUGGAGGGAAUUAUAGUUCUGCACUACGGGAAGGAUCUUUUGAGCUCUUUGGAGAUAGAGUUACAAAGCUUGGGACAAACAUGUACAGUGUAAGUCGCCCUGUUGAAACGCACAUGUCUGGCGCAUCUAAAAGUUCUGCUCAGCACACAAAGGUCAAUGCUGCCCCAAACCCUCUGGCCAAAGAGGAACUGAAUCUGUUAGCCAGGUUAAUGGGAGGUCUAGAAGUUCAGAAACCAGGAAGCACAGACAAUGGUUUCCGGGUAAAUCUCUUUGCCACGGAUGAAGAAGAAGAAGAAGCAUUAAUAUCAAGACCUGAUGAGCUUUCAUAUGGAGUCAUAAACAUCCAAGCAACAAAGAUUACUGUGUCUUUCAGGAUCAGCAGACCAAUGCAGAACUGGCCAAGAUCAUGGGAGAGUUCACAGAGUCUGGAGAUCAGUCUCCAAGUGCCAGCAGCAAAGGAGACGACCUUUUGGCCAUGAUGGACGGUUUGUGACAUAGUCACUCUGACAGAAAUCCACCAAGAGUGACAACAGUCUACACUACUGAAGAUCAGCCUGCACUGUGGCUAUAACUUGCAAAUAUCCAGCAGCAAGCUCACAAUCAGACACAAGGCUUCGGUCGUGUGGUUGGUUUUAAGAUGUGUAUAUGAGCGAGGACUUGCUUUGGUCAUCAGCGUUUCUGCAGUUAACCAGAAAAAAUGUCUUGUGAGAAAAGCUUGUAGAAAGUUUUCUAUAUACCUGGGAAAAUUGCAAUUUUUAACAGGAAAUACAGUAGGUUUGUGCAUGUGGUAAUAGCAUUUGUUUGCUUUAUAUGUUUUUCCUUUAUCAAGUGCUGAUCUGACGUUUACAUACACUCACCAUGGGUAUACAUGUCGUCAUAAUUUUACUCUUUUUUUAUGAUGAUUUGAUCUGUUCUUUUUUUCUACAGUGGACAAAUAAUGCCACAUACAACUUCAAUGAUUUCUAACAAGACUUUUCGACACAAGUCAGAUUUUCUUGUGGAGUUUUCCUUAAAUAUAGAGCCCCAAAAAUACUUGGAUAAAUGUCAUUUAGCAAGUUGCAACUCAACCACACUUUUUCCCGGCCAAACAUCUGGCUGAAUAUGUUCGACAACUGAGCUUAGCAAGUCAAAGUUUAUUUAUAUAGCGCUUUUCAGCAACAAGGCACUCAAGGCGCUGUACAUAAGGAAAAACAUUACAAUGAUACAGAAAAUCAAACAACAGAGGUAAUUAAAAAAUAAAGAGAAUAGAAUGAUGGAUAAGAAAAUGAAAGGGAAAUCGGACUGAAAAACUUAACCAAUAAUGUUUAGAUGACACUCUAAACAAAUACGUUUUUAAUCUUGAUUUAAAGCAAUUUAGGGUUUCAGUGCUUUUACAGUUUUCUGAGAGUUUAUUCCUGAUUAGUGGAGCAUAUGAACUAAAAGCUGCUUCUCCAUGUUUGGUUCUGGUUCUGGGUACCCAGAGUAGAUUUGAGCCAGAAGACCUGAGAGUCAGUAAUAAGCUCCGGGAUCUUGGGAUGAAGUCAACUUUGAAACAUAAUCCGUAGAUUUUCAUAGGGUUGAAUUUAUGAUGAGUUUCAGGCUUGGAUCGAGUUUUGGUUUAAACAUCCUGACCGGUUUCCUUCCAUCUGAGGUGACAGUUGGGUCAGAUGGUUUAAACCCAGACAUACAUCAACAACUGAUUUAAGAAUAGAUGAAGCAGGCUACACUGAGCUUCUGGAGUGGCUGCAGCAUCAAGACCUUUUGAAGAUCUGUAGACUAUUUUGAAAAGUGAUCUUUGUCCCAUGGAAGUAAACUAAUUUAAAUGAGCUGCUAUCUUUUCUGUUCAGAAUAGUGGUCAAAUAUUUAGCCAGAAUUGUGCCAGAAGCUUAAUAAUGUUAAUGACAAGUUGCAAGAAUCAGAGGAAUCCAAAGUGCUCUUUCCUGUUUUUUGAGCUCCCUCAAACAUUAAGUUGGUAAUAAAUAUAUUGCUCCAACACAGUUGCUGUACUGCUACGACUGAAGAGUAGGUUCAGGAGUUGAAUAUUUCAAAACUUGUUCCACUACAGUGUGAUGUAAAUUUAGAUAGAUAAGUUUAGAUCCAGCUCAACAAUGUGCUUCUCUGUGAGUAUCUUGUUUUAAUACACGACAAUACAACAUGAAAAAUACUCUAAUGUGUACAUAUUUUUGUGGAAACCUAUUUAUUAAAUUUCGCUUUUCUGUGUAUAGACAGGAAUUGCUGAAUUUCAUAAGUUAUUAAAUGUGCAAUUUAGUAUUUGAAAUAAAUUGAUGAAGACAUCACCAGCAUGAACGUCAACACAAUACAGAUACCUGUAAUGCAGGUGCAACUUUAAUAAAUUAAGAUCUAAUUGAAAA